GCUGUCGGUGUCGCGCUUGACGCUGCUGUACGUUAGCUAUGGGACAGAGGCAGCCGCUGUGUUUGAGGUCGUGUUAGCCGCAGACAUCAUGAAAUAAGAUGGCUAAUGUAACGACGGACUCGCCUGCGGCUGAGGAGGAUGAAUGUUCUGACUCGGAGGUCUUAUGUUUGAUGAGAGUCGGAAAAAACUCAGACUGGCUUCUCCUGCCCGAAAACACAGAGAUCACCAUUGGACGUGGUGUGGAUGUAACCUACCAGCUGUUUUCUCCAACUUGUCCCUUGAUGAUCUCCAGACUGCACUGCACUUUUAAGCAAAGGGAAGAUGGCCAGUGGACAGUGACAGACAAGAAGAGUCUCAACGGUGUGUGGGUGAAUGGAAACCGCAUACCAGCUGAAGAAGCCCACCGGCUAAAGCUUGGAGACUCCAUACAACUUGGUGUACCUGUGAUUGAAACCAAAGUAGAGUUUGACUACUUGCUGGUAAAACGGCUGCUCAGAGACAUUAAACAUUGCCUAGCAAAGGGGCACAAAGAGGGUGCCAAAGCAUCACAAACACCCAAGAAGUCCAAGAGGAAGUUGUCUGUGGAAGAAGUAGAGCCAUCUACCUCAAAGCCGAAGCUGUACCGCUGCUCAUCUGCAGACAAGUCCUCCGCGCAGUCCUGCCCCCUAUCUCCAGUAAAGCACUACCAGCGGCUCCGUCAUACGGCAGAGGAAACUGGUUCCAGCAGACAAAUCCAAGAAGUAGACCGAUCCUCCGAUGGCUCCGGCGUUCUCUGUGACCUGGACAACUUACAGAUGUUCAGCCAGAAUAUUCUGAUGCUGAGGGAGCAAGUGGACGACACCCAGAGGCAGGUAGCCUGUUUGGAGGGGGAGCCCCGAAGGACUGACCCACUCAGAGAGGAGCAGGUCAAGGAGCUGCAGGGGCAGCUAGAGACGCUCAGAGCCAAGAUGCACAGCAUGGAGACGUUAGAGAAAUCCUUCAAUGAAGCUAAGAGGCAUCUGGAGGAACAGAAAACACAGCACCAAGAGGAGCUUUUGAAAAAGCAGUUGGAGGAGGCUUUGCAAGAGCAAAAGAAAGUAAUCGGCGAACUUGCUCUAUCUCGACAAGGCUUCGAAGAGAUUCUCUUGGCCAAAAACAAAGAGCUGGAAGUGACAAAGGAGGAGAAAGAGAAGGCGAGAGCUCAAAAAGAGGAAGUUGUAACACAAGUAACUGAAGUUCUGGAGAAUGAGCUUCAGUGCAUCAUCUGCUCAGAGCUCUUCAUCGAGGCGGUCAUCCUGAACUGCGCUCACAGCUUCUGCAGUCACUGCAUCAAGCAGUGGCGCAAAAAGAAAGACGAGUGUCCGAUCUGCCGACAGGCCAUCCAGUCUCAGACUCGCUGCCUGGCGCUGGACAACUGCAUCGACAGCAUGGUGGAGAACUUGAGCCUGGAUAUGAAGGCGAGGCGUCAGACACUUAUCUCUGAGAGGAAAGCAGCUGACUCUGCAGAGGUGAUGGUGAUCCACGACGACGACAGCAGCGGGAGCAGCGACAGUGACGGCAGCAUGGUGUCCAUAGAUAGCAGCCUCAGCUACAGCAGCCUCAGCUCUGUGGUGUCCGUGGACACAGACAGUAGCAUCCACUUGGACUCCAGUUCUUCCUACAGUGGUUAUGGUUACUCUGAUGACAGUGUUGAUGAGUCUGAAGAUUAGUCUUUUUCUACUUCAGGCUGCAAUGUGAAUCGGACUUAUUGGUGUUUGCAUUUCCCUGGAAUGUUCCGGGGACCUUUAAGAUAAGUAAGCAAAGUUUGGUCUCAUCAUGAGUCCAGGAACAAGAGUGAACUAAGAUUUAUGUUUUUCUUUUUGUAAAGCUAUCAGUUGUCUUAUUGUCUUUUAUUUUCAAUUAAAGGAAUAAAGGUUCUUCCUA